GGGUUUUGCUUACAAGAGGACUCCCGCUGAAUCGGGGCGAGAGAAUGUUUGCUUAGAACUCUAUUUUCCUGCCACUGUAGCAAAACAGUGCAGCAACGUCGGUUCGGAACAAAAAAGCUUUAACACAGGACAGCCACAGGAGGGGAGACUCAUUGACAGAAGCAGGCAGAGUGCGUGGCGACUUCUCAGGAGGAGCUCAACCUGACGUUUUAGCCUCACUGGCCCAGGCCAGACGUGGGGACAGGAUGACACACUAGACUGUCCCUGAACUUCUUCCACUUUGUCCUCACAUCAGUCUUUGUCAUUCCUGCACCUGCACCCUUUUCUCACUCACCUACCCACGAAGAUGUCAGAUGAAGACUGCCGCUCGCCCAUAGGCCUGGACUGCUGCAGCUGCUGCCUGGACCUGGCCAACGGGUGCGAUGACUCCCUGUCCAGCAGUCCGACCCGAAGCCAUGGCACUGCGGGGGCCCUGCCACCAAGCCCCACCAGCCCCAGUGUGAACCACUUCCGCCAGCUCCGCAGCCAGCUGAUGUACCAGAACCUGAACACAGACAAGCUGAACAACAUCAUGAGGCAGGACUCCCUGGAGUCGGUGGUGAGGGACCCCUGCUUUCUCCUCAAUGAGGGCAUCUGCAGCAGCAAAAUCGACCAGACUAUGUUGUCCAUUCUACUCUUCUUUCACAGUGCCUCUGGUGCUAGCGUGGUGGCCAUUGACAACAAGAUCGAGCAGGCCAUGGAUCUUGUCAAGAACCACUUGAUGUAUGCGGUGCGUGAGGAAGUGGAAAUCCUCAAGGAGCAGAUAAAGGAGUUAGCAGAGAAGAACAACCAGCUUGAGAGGGAGAACUAUCUGCUUAAGAACCUGGCCAGUCCGGAGCAGCUGGAGAAGUUCCAGUCCCGCAUCCCGACAGAUGUGCUCUUGGAUAAUCAGAACGUCCGGGUGACCCCAGCACCACAGCAAAAGAACCAGCAGCAGAGCUGUAGCCACAGCACUGGCUCUGCUGUAUAAGUGGCUCUGCCUUGGGGCGGGCAGAGCCACUUUGUCUUUAAAAGUCGUGGACCUCGUUUUUAAAAACGUAAGCGUUACUAAAUCGCCACCACCGAGACCCCUUCGGGAUGUCGAAGAAGAAUCAUCGGUGCUGUAAAUGAUUGAUGGGACUCAAAUGAACUGUUGAUACUGAUAAGCACAAAACCAGAACUAGAGACGCUCUAAAACUGGUGCUAUGUCAGGCCCAUCCUGUGUACCAUCCAGCUCUUUGUCGUAGUCGCUCUUCAUAGGCCUGAGUGUUAAGCAUAGAAAGGGCAGACUAGCCUAGACAGAGGGUGGGGGAUUUCCCUCCCUAGCCAAACUCUUCCAGCAAAGCACCGUCCUUUUUUCCUCUGUUGAGGAAGGGGAGGAGCAAAGAGGUGUUGAUUGGGCUUGCCCUGCAAGCGCUAACCUGGAAAGUGCUGGGACUUCACUCCCUCAUGACCCAGAGGAGACCCAUCUGAGACGGUCCUCCAAGUCUCAACAAGAAAAGUCCCAUUGGUGUGGAUUCACCUCAUCUCAAAAUACUUUAAUGGACUUCCAACCACACAUUUCAGACACAUACAGACUUUUGAUCUACCGACAGUGUAUUGCUGCCAUGUUCCUGUCCAUCCUAAGCAUAACAAGGAAAAUACACAGGAUAAGCUAAGGCCACAGAGGUGGAGGUCAACGCAAUGUUCUCCAUCUAAGCUGAUGAACUGCUGCAGUAAACUAACAGAAUACUGUAAUAUCUCAUAAAACAUGUACACUUGUAUUGUUUGCUGUCGGGGCUUGCUGCUUAUGGGGGUAAAAUUAAUUCUGCUAUAUCUUCUAUUUUUGUGAAAUUCAGAACAAAAAUGAGUUGUUUUGUACAAUAAGAGCAGUGUACUAGGCUUUCAGAAGCUGUCUUUGUUACAGGUCCGUCCAUAUCUGCCAUUUUGUUUGCUUAACUCACAGGAAAACUACAAUGUACAUACAGAUGAAAUGUCUCUGAGGUAAAUAAUGUUAGGAUGGUUUGGAAGCAGACAGCUGCAUUUCUAGCAGCCUAUGCACUCCUUUUGUUUGUAGGUAGUGCCGUCCAGUAUAUGGUCUCUUUCCUUAUUCAGAUGGCAACUUGAAAACAAUGGCACGACAACAGUGCCUGUGAGCGAUGAUCGCAUUUCUGACAAGACUUUGGUUAUUGUUGUCGUUUUUUUCCAGCUACCAAAGACGUAUUUUCACACGGCACCAAAAGCUAACCAAAUGAGGACCAUGUGUAAAACUUCACAGGGAGAAGUCUUCUUCGUAGCUAGUGCUAAAUUUUGUUUUAUUUGUUUUGUAAAAAUUACGAUUUUGUUGCUAUAAUGUAUCCCUGAAACAGUUGACCACUGUGAUUUUUGGAUACAACUGCACAGUUGCAAUAAACCGUAUGUUUACAUAAUA